AUGUUUUCACCGGCCAUUGAAAAUCUAAUAAUAAAUGUCACGGAAUUGACCAAUACGACAGUAUCUCUUCAGUGGUCGCCUCCUAAAUUCACGAAUGGUGUUGUCCGUUACUAUCAUAUUGAUUAUUAUUUGGACGAUGAUCAGCAGCAUGAUUUGAAUGAUACAUAUUUUGAUGAACAGCAAGUCAUACAUAAACAACGUCGUCUAACGGUUCAUAACACAGAGUGUCACCUGGAUCACCUUGAAAGUUAUGCAAGAUAUACAAUUACCAUCACAGAAUGCACAUCAGUUUGUUCAGAGAGUUCACUUCCCAUACAAGUGCAAACAGCUGUCGGGCUGCCAGGAAGAGUUAGUCAACUAAAUGUAUUAAAAACCAGAGAUGGGAUAAAUGUAUCAUGGACAAGACCCGUGAAACCAGCCGGUCCGAUUGAUUAUUAUGAUUUGAUUAUAGCGCAUGACAGUAGGCCCACAAAUUCACAAUCUACAAAUGGCAGUUCAUCUUCAUCCACCGCUUUAGAUUCCAUACGAUUACAGGAAAAUUCAAACAAUUUAAUUUACCAAUUUAUACCAAAUUUUAAGGAUAAACUCCAUCCUUGUGAACGUCUACAACGUCAUAACUGUAAUCAUAAAUUUUGGAGUCAACAAAAGUUUUUAUUUGCUGUACGAGCUGUGAAUAGAAAUCCACUUGAUCUUGAAAGGCCAUAUUAUGGUCAGUGGUCGGUACCUAGGCCGGUCAGGGUUUGUUCUCUCGGGUUAUCCAUUAACAUUACAAAGGUCAAAGACUGACGACUUUGUCUCCGC